UUCCUCCUCUGCUCCCUCCUCCCCCAGGCCCCCUCCUCAGCCUGCCCCUUCCUUCUGCUCCCUGCUCUUUCACAUGUCCCUUCUUCAGCCUGCCCCACGCUCCCUGCUUCUCCAACUCCAGCCUGCCUCCCUCCCCCUUUCUCCUGCCCUCGCCCCUGCCUGUCACUCUGCCCUCCCUUUUCACCUCCCCCAGCUUGUCUCACCUCUUCCUUAGCCUCCCUCUUCUUCCUUGUGUCCCCCUCUGCCCCAGGCCUCUCCCUCCUUCCUUUCCCCUCCCUGGCCCACACUCCCAUUACUCCUGCCUUUUCCAUUUUUCUGCAGUCCUGUCUUCUCUUGUCUCCAGUCUCUUCUCCAACACACUCCCAUAUUCUUCCUCCCUCUAAUCUCUUUCUCUCUCCCCACACCCCUUCUGCCAUUCCCACUUCUCCUUGCUACCCAUCCAGCUGUUCAGUUAAUCCAGUCUAUCUUUGUGUCUGAUGGCAAGUGUUAUCUACUGCUGCCUGGCAUGAGGUCUGGCUUGGAGAUUUCUAUCUGCAUAUUCCUUUAUAAUAACUGUGCUGGGGAGAGCAAAUACUUCCAAAAAAUUCCUGAAAGAAGCUUCAUGCUGUAGAAACUGUUACAGAAGAACACAACAUAUAGAUCUGGGACUUUUGGAGUUAUACUGCCAAAAUGGCAGAAAAUAAAGAAAGUAAUAGUAAAAAUAUAGAUGUAAGACCUAAAACCACCCGUAGUAGAAGUGCGGACAGAAAGGAUGGUUACGUUUGGAGUGGAAAGAAGCUCUCAUGGUCAAAAAAGAAUGAGAAUUGUUCUGAUGGUGAAGCAGCAAGUAGUGUAGGAAAACCAGCAACUGGUUUAAGGAGCCAAGAGAGGAAGCACAGCUGUUCAGCUAUUGAACUGGAUUUAGAUCGUUCCUGUGGCCACCGAUUUUUAGGCCGAUCUCUUAAACAGAAAUUGCAAGAUGCUGUGGGCCAGUGUUUUCCUAUAAGAAAUUGUAGCAGUCGGCACUCUUCAGUGCUUCCAUCAAAAAGAAAAAUUCAUAUCAGUGAAUUAAUGCUUGAUAAGUGUCCUUUCCCACCACGAUCAGAACUAGCUUUUCGAUGGCAUUUAAUUAAAAGACACACUGCCCCCAUAAGUCAAAAGGCAGAAGAUUGGAUAAUCGCUGAUUUAUCCCAAAGUGAAGAGAGGGAUGAUCAGCUGAGAGAUGGAGAGAGCAUAGAUGGGGGAGGAAAUGCUUUCUCACAGCCGUGUGACAUUACAGAUAGCAACUCCUGUAAAUGUGAUCCUAGGACUGAAUCGGUUAUGAGUAAGGUGUUAAUGAACAAUAAAGAGGAGAGUGAUAUGGACUCUGAUGAUGAAGUUAUAACACUUUGCACAAGUUCUAGAAAGAGGAACAAACCUAAAUGGGAAACGGAUGAUGAGCUGCUGCAGAUGGAAACUCCUCCCAAAUAUCACACCCAGAUUGAUUAUGUCCACUGUCUUGUCCCAGACCUUCUUCGGAUCAAUAACAAUCCGUGCUACUGGGGCGUAAUGGACAAAUAUGCAGCUGAGGCGCUACUAGAAGGAAAGCCAGAAGGAACUUUUUUACUACGUGACUCUGCCCAAGAAGACUAUUUGUUUUCUGUUAGUUUUAGACGCUACAGUCGUUCUCUUCAUGCAAGAAUUGAACAGUGGAAUCAUAACUUCAGCUUUGAUGCUCAUGAUCCUUGUGUCUUCCAUUCUCCUGACAUAACUGGUCUCUUAGAGCAUUAUAAAGACCCAAGCUCUUGUAUGUUCUUUGAACCACUUUUAUCCACUCCCUUAAACAGGACUUUCCCUUUUUCCCUUCAGCAUUUAUGCAGAACAGUUAUUUGCAACUCUACAACAUAUGAUGGCAUUGAUGCUCUUCCUAUUCCUCCAUCUGUCAAGUUAUAUCUGAAGGAAUAUCACUAUAAAUCAAAAGUUAGAGUACUCAGGAUCGAUGUACCAGAGCAACGGAACUAGAAUGUAAUUUUGUGCGGGAAUAGGGGUGGUCUCUUGAUGAUAAAGUAUGUGUUCUGACCUUCUGCCCUUGAAUUAUUUUCCUAUGGCAAUUUGAAUUUUUUCUGCAGAUUAUUUACAUUUCAAACUGACCGCUCCCUGUGUCUUUCUAUACAAAUGUACUUUGACUCUUUCUGCCACCCCUUUUUAGUCACCUCAUCAGAAUCUGUGAUUUUUUUGGUAAUGUUCAUACCCUAGGGUUUUAUGGAAUUUCAGGUAGGUUUUCUGGGGUUUCCACAUAGGGAUAGUCUUUUCUUUAGAUUUAAAAAUAAAAAUUCAUAUUUGAAUUUGAUGUUUUUAUAUUGUAAUUUGCAUAUGUUGCAGGCAUGUUUGAAAUGUAUGCACUGUACACUAAAGACUAAUCUGUAUUUUCUAUCUUUCAAAAUGAGUGCUAAUGACCUAUAUAUAAAGUAAAAUUAAUCCGUUUAUUUCUAACACUAUUACUGUGUGAAAAAUAUUUAGUCUUUAUCUUUUGAUGGGCAGUUAUUGCUAUGAAGAUUUUUCUACUUUCUCUAAACACUUGUGACAUUGCACUGUCUUGCACUAUUAAUCCUGAAAAGAAGACGAAUAACCUUCUUACCUCAUUAGUAGCGGGAGGGCUUUUUAUUUAGCUAUGGUUUAGAAGAAACAGCAACAGAUUGAUCAAAUGCUACAUCUCAUAAGACAAGAUUGCUUGCUGCCAAAUUCUGUGUGCAAGAAAAUUAUGCAUUUUUAAUGCUCCAGAAAGCUGCACCAUUUUACAUUAUAUUUUUGUGGUCAUUUAUAAAACUCCAGGUCUUGCUGCUUUUCAGUACAGUUAUUACUCUUCUCAUACUUGAAUCAAUGGCAAAAUCCCAGUUCACCUCAGUGGGUGCAGGAUAAGGCAUAAAACUAUUCACUGUAAAUGGCAGUGGGGCCCAGGUCUGCGAGGUGUUGAGCAGCCUCUAAUCUCAUAGUCUGCAUUGAAGGAACUCACCUCUGCUUAUGGCACUGGGCCCUGAUUAGCCAAUCUGUCAGAUGUGGUAUAUUGUAAAACUAAAGUGGGAGUAUUGUUUUUUUCCCUUUAACCACAUAGACAAUUAGUGAUAUGCUGAAUAAGCUCUUAGGCAUGUAGGGCCUGAUCCUUUCAUAUGUGAUUAACUUUAUUCAUACAUAGUCUCUUUGUCUUGAUUAAGAUCACUUGUCUGCAUAAAUGUUUGCAUACUUAGAACCUAGACUAGCAUUACAUUGUUUCUUUGGCCAUUUUGAUGUUCAGUUGUCAGAAAAUUAUGUGAAUUUGUGGCAGCAACUCUCCCCCCAAAGUUGGAGACUUAAAGUUUCCACCACAACUCCUGAUACUAUUCCCACCAUUCCACUGAAGUGCUGCAUUCCUUACCUAAAAAUUCUGUUGUGACAUCUUAAGGUUCAACGCAAGCUAGUAUGGGGUUGUGUCAUCACCUCCCUUGUAUCUCUGGGUGCCUUAAAUACUAGGCUACUGUGACUCACAGCCUGAAUGUCAACAGGCAGUCUACAGGCAUGCAGGCUACACCUGGGCUUCCUCUGGUCAGUUAAUGUUUGCAGAGUGAUGCCAGUGCCUGCCCAAUCCCAAAUUUCCUUGGCUCUUUCUAUUCCGCCCUGGAGCAUUCACACAAAUGAAGUUUAAAGGAGUAACAAAGAGCUGUAGCUUGUUCAUGAAACAGGUUUGACAAACAUUCUUCUGUUACAGAACUGAAUUGAUUUAUAGCAGGGAGGGUACCCUCCCACAUGUGGCUAGAGCAUCCGCUCCCCACUGCAGGAGUCAGAAAGGGAGCCCCGAGCUUUGAGGGCCAGAUCACGGCAAGCCAAGCUGCCCAUUGGCUUUGCCUGGCCGGGGGCAGGAAGUGGCUCUGUGUGCUGCUGUGACCCCUUCCUCUUGGCUGGAGGACCACCAGCGCAGGGAAGCGCUGCGACUGUGCUCACUUGCAGGCUCCACCCCUGUCUCUCCCAUUGGCUGGGAAUCUCAGCCAAUGGGGGCAGUGUCUGCAAGCCCAGGGGGCAAGUAACCACCCAUGCCCGCCGGGAGCUGUGCCAGAUAGGUGCCUCAGUCAUCUGCACCCUCCUGCCCAGACCCACUAUCCCCAGCCCACUCCUGCACCCUACCUUCCCCACAGACCCUGCACCCCCAGCCUACUCCCCAGCAGACCCCUCCCACACACUGAACAUUUUAGACCCACCCAGAAUCUCUAUGUAGAGGCCGCCACAUAAUGUACUUGUCCCACAUCCCCCAGUAGAGUUAAUCCUGCCCUGGGGGGGAAGCCCUAAGCCUCAGGGCCCUGCCUCUGGGGGUAUGGAGCUUGAGGAGAGUGUUCCCCCUGCAGGCCCCAAUAUUUUUUGAUUUCAAGAGCUCUGGCCCCUUGAAUCAUCAAAUGAAUGGAUCACUCAGCUGUCUUUUUGCCUCCCUACAUCACUGCAAAGUUCAUUGUCUCUGUUUUGAGUCAGGAAGACUUCUUGUGGGCUUUCUGUCCCCUGCUGAUUUGUAUGAGCUUCCAUUAUCUUGAUUCUAGAUUGCUUAAUUUACACUGGAGACAACUUGUUGCUUUUCCUCCUCUCAGAGAGAGCUUUUUUUCCUCCCUGUAUUUGGUCACAUACUUUAAAGCAGGGCUACUCAACUUUGGAAGCCCUGGGGGCCACAAUGAU